UUUCAUAAACCUUUCAUCUCCUCAUCUCUCUCCCCAUAACCUUAUCCUCAAAACACCUAUCCAUCUGUUUCUCUCUAUUUCAUCUCCAUAGAAAAGAAGAGAAGAAAUCCUUGGAUUCCCCAUCAUCAGAAAUGGCAACAACAAACCCCCUCUCUACAACAAUCCCAACACUCUCUCUCCACUCUCCAUCGUCUUCCACCACACACUCCCCCACCAAACACUUCCUCCUCUUCCCUCGCCGCCAACUCCCCCUCUCUUUCCGCUCCUCCCACGUCCGCCCCGUCGCCGCCGUCGCCGCCCCUGAAAAAAUCGAGAAACUCGGUGCAGAAAUCUCCUCCUUAACCCUCGAAGAAGCCCGCACCCUCGUCGACUACCUUCAGGACAAGCUCGGGGUUUCGGCUGCUGCAUUUGCACCAGCAGCUGCCGUGGGUGUCGCGCCAGGGGCUGCAGCUGAUGCGGGAGCAGCAGUGGUAGAAGAGAAGACGGAGUUCGAUGUUGUUAUUGAGGAAGUGCCCAGUAAUGUUAGAAUUGCGGUGAUUAAAUCGGUUAGGGCUUUGACCAGCUUGGCAUUGAAGGAGGCCAAGGAAUUGAUUGAAGGAUUGCCUAAGAAGUUUAAAGAAGGGGUUUCUAAAGAUGAAGCUGAAGAGGCCAAGAAGCAACUUGAAGCGGCUGGUGCUAAAUGUUCUGUUGUUUGACACAACAGCUUUUCCUUAAUUUUCAUUUGUUGGAGUAGCUUGUUUUUGUGAUGAAAAACCUUUACACUUGCUGCUAGUAGUGAUGGUGCUGUAUGCUUUGCUUGCUUCAAUUUUAAUUUAAUUUAAUUUAGCA